GUAUCCGUGCCGGAGUCGAGGAGACCCGGGCCGCCGCCCCGACACCCCUCCUUCCCACCGCCGGCCGCCCGCGUCCUCGGACUUGUCCCAACAAUCUAUUAAAACAUGGUGGAUUACUAUGAAGUUCUAGGUCUGCAGAGACAUGCUUCACCUGAGGAUAUUAAAAAAGCGUACCGGAAGCUGGCACUGAAGUGGCACCCAGAUAAAAAUCCUGAGAAUAAAGAAGAAGCAGAGAGGAAAUUCAAGCAAGUUGCCGAGGCAUAUGAGGUGUUAUCAGAUGCUAAAAAGCGGGACAUCUAUGACAGAUAUGGCAAAGAAGGAUUAAAUGGUGGAGGAGGAGGUGGAAGUCAUUUGGACAAUCCAUUUGAGUUUGGCUUCACAUUCCGGAACCCAGAUGAUAUCUUCAGGGAAUUUUUUGGUGGAAGAGACCCAUUUGCAUUCGACUUCUUUGAAGACCCAUUUGAGAACUUUUUUGGGAAUCGAAGGGGUCCCCGAGGAAGCAGAAGUCGAGGCACGGGGUCAUUUUUUUCUGCCUUCAGUGGAUUUCCAUCUUUUGGAAGUGGAUUUUCUUCUUUUGACACAGGAUUUACUUCAUUCGGGUCACUAGGUCACGGGGGCUUCACUUCAUUCUCUUCCACAUUGCUUGGUGGGAGUGGGAUGGGCAACGUUAGAUCUAUAUCAACUUCCACUAAAAUAGUUAAUGGCAGAAAGAUCACUACAAAGAGAAUUGUCGAGAAUGGUCAAGAAAGAGUAGAAGUUGAAGAAGAUGGCCAGUUAAAGUCCUUAACGAUAAAUGGUAAGGAGCAGCUGCUGCGCUUGGAUAACAAGUAAUUCAUCGCACGCAUUUAACAGAAAUGUUACUAUAACAAGCACCAUUUGAGGAUUAACAGGAACUUUUUUUUGAAGAUUUCAAACGAACUCGACUUUCAGUAUAAUUGUACCUAAUCUAA